GAAACAUUGAAGCAUAUAUUUAUUUACCAUGAGUACUGAUAUAUAUAUCAUUAAUACAUAGAUGCAUAGACGCACAUACCAAAUAAUUAAACACAUAGAAACGGACUAAAUACAUAGAUAGAUAGAUAUACAUGUCUCCACGCAUCCUACCCACAGUCUUUGUCGGGCCGGUGACCGCCUCUAUGGGAGUCCACACAUUCGUUGGCGCCUCAAAUGUUGGUAGUACGACUACCUCGGACACACUUUCAACACCCACAACCGUAACAUCAGCCACACACCACGCUGAGCCUUCACGACCAGAUGCACUGACAUUAGACAUCCCAUACACGGUCACAGCGACACGUGUUAAUGUUGCUGAUUCGGUCCCUACACACACGGGCGUUACCCAUGGCGAACAGAUACUGUCGUCAUGCACGGGUGCGAUGCUGACAUCUCUGUUAAUGACACCGUUUGACGUCGUGAAAGUGCGUAUGCAGACGCAGAGCAUGGCCCCUGGACAGGAGUGUCGCGUUGUGUUUAGCAAUGGUCUCAUGGAUCACCUGUGUACUGUAUGUAAUAAGCCAUCUAGCUGUCACAAUAAUGGCGUAUACUACAAAAGCACACUUGAUGCGUUUGUGCAGAUUCCCAAGCGAGAGGGUAUUUCAUCGCUAUGGAGAGGUCUGGCACCCACACUUGUGAUGGCCAUACCGGCGACAGUGAUAUACUUCACAGCCUAUGAUCACCUCAAAGCACGUGUUGAGGCGUAUGCUCGCAGCGGCAGCGUACAGUUGGAUUCACUCACAACACCUUACACAAAUGUGAGACGGCGGAGUUCGGAUUUAUCGAAUGUUUCUUUGGCAUUUGGUGACUCUGUUGAGAUCGAGGUGACAGGCCCGGAUACAAGUAGUAAUAAUGCAACAGCUCAUAUAGUCGAGAACAGUGUAGAGGUGAAACACCAGUGGUUGCUGGCUCUGGCGCCCUUAAUAGCCGGGAUGACGGCGCGGUUUGGAGCGUCUACGAUUAUAAGCCCCUUAGAGCUACUCAGGACGAAGUCGCAGUCAAUAGCACUGAAUAGCAGUGCCGAACAAGUAUCUCACACACAGCUUCUGCAAGAUGUCCGUGGUAUGGUCAAAACACAUGGUCUGCGCACAUUAUGGCGAGGUUUAGGCUCAACUCUAUGGCGUGAUUUGCCCUUCUCGGCGAUAUACUGGACAUCGUAUGAGUACUUCAAGCACCACCCUACGAUAAACCGUCUAUUUCGAACGGAUGCACAUAUGCACGAGCAUACACUCGAGACCACCUCUACGUACGAUAACUUCCGUACGUCGUUUGUGUCUGGUGCGUGUGCGGGGACUUUAGCGGCCGUCGCUACGACCCCGUUCGAUGUGGUCAAGACAUAUCAGCAAGUGGAUUUGACAGGUCUUAGGCAGAGAUCCGGGUGGGAAGUGGCAAAAGAUAUAUAUGUAAGAAGUGGUACCAACGGGCUGUUUGCAGGUACUUAUCUUUGGUU